CGAGUCCAACACGUGGGGCUCGGUGAGGCUGCAUGAGAUAAAACCCCAUGUCAGGUUAGCCUCCUUUCUCUCUCUAAAACCCAGUAAUAUCGUAAUUUCUCCCCUUUUCAAAUGUGAUCCUCUGCGGCCAUAAACCCUUGCGGGGCGUGGGUUCGGACACGUCACCACCUCCCAUUUGCAUCGACGUCGACAACUGAUUUUUGCCUCACUACGUUUCGCCCAUUUCAUAGUUCCCACGUCUCUCUCCCUCUCUCUCUCUAUAUCUCUUCCCCCUCUUCCCAGUUGAAUGAGUUGAUGUUCCAUGCUCCCUUUCUCUCUGCACAAUUCGUUCACCUGAUUGGGGCAUUGGAAAAAGUUAGUGCUCUCUUUCGUUUUCCGUCUUCUCAAUCGGUUAUGUCGGAGUCCGGGGGUGAAGAAUCGGGCAAGCAAGGUAAGCGGAAGGCCAAGGCCGAUGAUUCGGGCGGGGAGGAGCUUCAGUUGGCGGCGGAGGACCCCUUGCUGGUGUUCGGUUCGGAAAUCAUGACGAUAAUUCUGAGCAAGCUCGACGUGCGCAGUUUGGCGGAAGCUCGUCUGGUUUCUCGUGGGUGGCAGGCCGUUGCUUCCUCCGACAGAAUUUGGGCUCCAAAGUGUCAAGAGUUAUGGUUGGAUAAGGCACAUAUACCGCGCGUAUCAAUGGCUGAAGGACUUCCAAAGAUAGUGGCUACCUUGCUCUCAAUCAGAGACGGUAAACGAACUCGAAUCACUAGGGAUGACCUUUGUGACCAUGUUUGGGAAUUCCGCUUUACAGAGUUGGCGCCGGAGUACUGGCGGGACCUGGACCCCUCCUGGCGAAGCGGGGGCGGCGCCCCAAUGCGGCGGUACUUCCACCCAGACGGCAGCAUCACGGCGGACCCCGAGGACAAGGUGUGGGGCGGCCACGAGUCGUCCUACACGAUCGUGACCGGCGUCCUCGCGGACGGCAAGGUCCGCGAGCACUACGUGAGGAUCAACCGGUGGCCGAAGAUGAUGGUGGAGCGCAACCCCGACUGGAGCUGGGAGCUCCGCAACCACCUCUACUGUUACAGGAGCAUCCCCGACGCCGAUGGCAGACGCGGCAGCGCCUCCUCCGGCUCCAUCUCCAUCUCCAUCUCCGGCGGCUUUUCUUCAAACUGAAGAACUCUAGCUACUUGUGUGUGUGUGUAAAUAUGCAUGUAGCUAAAUCAAGAGGGAAUAUUUGUGUGUGCGUGUGGAUUGUUGAAUGUGGAUUUCUGGGAUCUGCUAUUUUAGGUAGAGUUGCUAUUUUGAGAGUGGUGGAAUUGGAAAUGGUUAUAUAUGUCGAUGAUUGAGGAAGAAAGGGGUUUUACUGAUUUAGAAAGUCAGUCGAGUGAAGUCGCAGCCUUUUCACCAUCUUUUAAUUGUUACUACUAUUUUUUUUAUUACUUUUUUCUUUCGGUGGUGGCAGCAACAGCAAGGCUGCCACUCAUAGAAGCUAUAUUCGGUGUAAUAUGAUAUAUACUUAUAUAACGAUUAAUUUUAUUUUCUAGGGUUA